CAUAGGUCCAAAGAAAAGCUUUCUUCUGAGUAUAUUUCUGAAGCAAUUUAAGUGCUCCAAUGAAGAGAUUGCUGCCAUGAUUCAGAAAGGGGAUAGAUCCAAGCUGGAUGCUGAGAUACUGAAACAGCUACUUAAACUGCUGCCUGAAGACCAGGAGAUAAAUAGCCUGAAAUCGUACAAAGAAGAAAAAUCACAGCUGGCAAAUGCAGAUCAGUUUUAUCUCCAUCUUUUGGAAGUUCCCAGCUACCAGUUGCGGAUUGAAUGUAUGCUGAUUUGUGAGGAAACAAAAAUUCUGCUGGAGUGUCUGUGGCCAAAAGCACAAGCCAUCAGGACAGCCUGUGAAUCAAUUCUUACCAGUCACCGACUGCCAGUUUUCUGCCAAUUGAUUCUUAAAGUUGGAAACUUUCUGAACUAUGGACGUCACACUGGAGAUGCUGGAGGUUUUAAAAUUAGUGCCUUGCUCAAACUAACAGAAACAAAAGCAAACCAAAACAACAUUACUCUGCUUCACCAUAUUUUGGAGGAGGUUGAAAAAACCCACAGAGAUCUCCUGCAGCUUCCCAGAGAUCUUGAUGUUGUUUCCAAGGCAGCAGGAAUCCACAUUGAUGCCAUGCAGGCUGAGGCAGGUGCCAAUUUGAAGAAACUGCUGGAAAUAGAGAAACGCUUAUUUUUGUCAACAUGUGAUUUAAAAAUACAGCAUGGAAAAUCUGUGCAAGUAGGUAAUGGCAGCCUCAAUGCUUCAAAGGACCUGCAGAAGGAAUUUGCCACCAUUGAAAAGAAGAAGGAAGAACUUGCUGAUUAUCUUUGUGAAGACCAAAAAAAAUUGUCUUUGGAAGAUGUAUUCAGCACAAUGAAAACCUUCAGAGAGAUCUUCCUCAAGACAUUACAGGAAAAUCAAGAAAGGAAGGAGCAAGCUGCAAAAUCUGAGAAAAGGAAGAAACAGUUUAAAGAAGAAGAUGCAAAGCGGCUAAAGGGAGAGUAUGGAGAGUGUAGUACAUUUAAUAAUUCUGUUUUUAUUAGCAAAUCUUUUGUUAAUUAGAAGGAAUUUAUCUGUUAACUCUGGCUUAUCUGAUACAAUGAAAGUGACUUAGCCAUGGAUGAUGUAGUUGUCAAGCAGAUGCAUAGUGAGACAUCAAUUACCAAAUUUCAAGUGCAAGUGAAUGCUUGGAAGACAUCAUGAUAGGGAUAUUAGAAAAAAAUACCACUCCCAAUGAGCAAGUUUCUUCUACUUCACUCAAAGGUGGAAGAUAUCCUGCUAUUCUCCUUAAUAUUUGUUGGGAGACUUUCAGGGUUAUAGAAAUCUGGACACACUUGAACUUCAUGCAGCAUGGUAGGCAAAUUGUGUCCAGUGUAAUUGUUACCACAACAUU